CAUAGUAACAUGACUAACAUCACCUUUUUCUGUUGAUCAGAAAAGAUUAAAAACAGCCAUUUGAAUAAUGAUCAACUGAACAAACGCAUAAAACAGUAAAAACAAUUCACGGAAUAUGUAAAGCCGGCGAAAUGUGUUCGUACAAACCAAAGGGUGACAACAUAUCGGUGAAAACGAGAAGACAAGAUUUGUCCAGCGUAUCCGAUUCCUGUGGCGAGGCCGAUACAAGCAGCUUAACAGAAUGCGAGAAAGGCGAUCGAGAACGAAUGAUCGAGCUGGAGGAGAAGUUCAACAAGGGAUGGGAAAGCUGGAUCAGUCAGAUGGGCGGGGAGAUGGACAUCUGCACGUAUAAUUUUGAUGCCGAGGAAUUGGCCGUACGUCUCGGUAUGCGGGUGGAUAAAGCCAGUGCACUACACGCCAAAAUUUUGCUGCAGAAAAUAUACCAUUUCUGGCAUUGUCGGCAGCACACAGAUAUGGUUUUAAUUGCGGGUGAAGACCGCGAAGAAGUUCAUCUGCACAUGUUCUUGGCCCAUUCAGAAUUCUAUGAUAAAGUUGUUAUGGUGCCGUGUUGGGAGAAGCUGUGGAAAGCGGGCAAGUUGGUCAUUGAUUUAACGGGGAUGGUGUCGCCUAAGGCACUGAAGUUGAUAAUUGGAUUUGUCUACACCGGUGCAGCAAAGCUUACUCUUGAUAACGUUACGGACAUUGCGAUGGCUGCAAAAAACAUGGGUUUGCGAAAGCUGCAAAAACAAUGCAUGGAGUUUUUGGAUUAUGUGUUUGCGGACUUUCAUCUUUUCGUGAUCCUACGAAACGUCCCCAUGGACCACAAGUACUUUGACGUGGCAUGGACCAAAAUUUUGAAAAGAUUCAAAUUCAUCUACCAUGACCCGAAUUUCUUGGAAAUGGAUUCCGGUCAGCUAGAGCUGCUGGUGGCAUCAGACAAGCUGAACAUAGAUUCAGAAUACCAGGCUUUCGAGGCGGUAUUGAGUUGGAUUAAUCACGAUCGAACAAACCGGGAAAAGUUCUUCUUCAAACUAAUGGGACAAGUGCGUUUCGCUUACAUGGAGCUGGACGAACUGAUUGGCGCUAUGAAGGAGGAAGAACUGUUCCGCACCAACAAGGAUGCACAAAUGCUUGAGGAUGCUGACAUGUACGCAACAAUGGAAUCUAUGGGUGACCAGUGGUGUAAUUAUCCUCCAUGGCCACCUCGAAAUGACACCAUUGCCAGAAAGGUUUACGUUCGGCAAGAGAAACUAAAGAAUCUCCGACCCAAAUCCAAAAACGAUAUCUGCAAUGCCAACUUGCCGUGUCCCCUGCAGACGAACUACGGAGCGAAGUUUGACAAAACGUGCCCAUCGGACGGUAACGACGAUCGCACUUGCCGAAGUUAUUGUGGCUCUCGUGGCUACGGCAAGAUUCUGCCUUUAUCCUGCACUCCUGGACUGGAUGACGACACGGGCACUAUGGCUAAGUCUUGUGCUAGAAGACGAAGAAGACGAAGAAGACGAACUGGAGAUAUUUGGCCUCAGUGAACCCUGUUAUGAAGAUGUGUGUCCUAAGCCACCAAGAAAAGCUACCCAAAAUGAAUGCCCGAAGCCACAGAAAAAACCGCUGAACUUGACACCAGCUGGACCGGAAGCAUGCACCAACCGGGCUAAAAUGUUGGACGAGCUCCGUAUUAACCGUGUGGCCAAGCAGGCCGCUGACUUGUGCGGCCGAAAGGAGCAAGAGCAGCCAGAUGCGAAGUCUAUAUGUCCGGCACUAAGUAUGGCCACUCUCGGAUCGAAAGAGAUCAAUGUAGUUAAGGGCGUCAGCGAAAUCAGCUUGCCAUCCGUCAUGAUGAAGCGGCAAAACCGGGCUCCAUAAUUCGUAUACCCAGUGAAUUGUUUUUACUGUUUUAUGCGUUUGUUCAGUUGAUCAUUAUUCAAGUGGCUGUUUUUAAUCUUUUCUGAUCAACAGAAAAAGGUGAUGUUACUAUGCGUAUCUUCGAUUCCGUACGUCUUUACGAACAAGUAUUUAUGAUGAAAA